CAUGAGCUUAAAGACAUGGCGGUAGCAGCUGAUUUAAUCUGUAGACUAAAUGUAUUAAGCGUUUAGUAGUUCUAUAUAUUGAAUUGAAACUUUGUGUUAGUGAGAAAAGUGGCUCCUGCAAGUAGCUUUACGGAAAGAAGGUCGUUUUGAGUCGAAGCACAGCUCCGGUUACUAAAUGUUUAGUGUAGUUUAGCACGGCUAAGCUAAAGCAGAGUGAGAGGCUGAGAGAGUGAUGGCGUUCCCCGAGCCCCGGCCGCAGCCUGACCGCCUUCCGCAGCACCUUCUCCGGACUGUAGACUGCCAACAGGGCGCCGUCAGAGCGGUGCGCUUCAACGCUGAUGGGAACUACCUGAUGACGUGUGGCAGCGAUAAAAGCCUGAAGCUGUGGAGCGCGAGCCGAGGAGCUCUGCUGAAGACGUACACCGGCCACGGCUACGAGGUGCUGGACGCGGACGGGUCUUAUGAUAACAGUCAGCUGUGUUCGUGCAGCGCAGACAAGACGGUGGUCCUGUGGGACGUAGCGACCGGGCAGGUCACCCGCAAACUCCGCGGACACGCCGGGAGAGUGAACUGCAUCCGGUUCAACGAAGAGGCCACCGUUAUGCUCUCGGGUUCAAUAGAUGGCACGGUGCGCUGCUGGGACACUCGGUCCAGAAAGAUGGAGCCGAUUCAGAAACUGGACGAGGCGCGAGACGGCAUCAGCAGCCUGAAAGUGGUUGCGCACGAGCUGCUGACUGGUUCUGUGGACGGCCGGGUGAGGCGCUACGAUCUACGGAUGGGCCAACUGCACGUCGACUUCAUCGGCAGUCCGAUCACGUGUGUGUGUUUCAGUCAGGAUGGUCAGUGCACCUUGAGCUCCAGUCUUGAUGCCAGUGUGCGUCUGUUAGACAAGAACACUGGAGAGCUGCUGGGAGAAUAUACAGGACACCAGAAUAAAGACUACAAGCUGGACUGCUGCCUGUCUGAGAAAGACACUCACGUGCUGAGCUGCUCUGAGGACGGUCACGUGUACUGCUGGGACCUGGUGGAGGGCUCAGUAACCCUGAAGCUGCCCGUCGGGAAAGCCGUGGUCCAGUCGCUGUCCUUUCACCCCACAGAGCCUCGCUUGCUGACAGCCAUGGAGGGGCGUGUCCAGAUCUGGGGGGCGGAGCCAGAGGAAAUGGACACGGCUGAGUAAGACACGCCGACGCAGGAGCAGGCAGAGGCGGAGAGCUUCUCGACCUUGUGCCAGCGGUGGGCGUUGUCGAGGAAGGCCAUGUCCUCGUGGCGUGUGGGGCGGCAGCAUGGCGCGUGGUGCCAGGUCUCGGUGGGGGGCAGAGCGCC